AUGUCGGAACAGUUACUCGUCAUCACCGGUGUCUCCGGCCAUGUGGGCUUUCGCGUCCUUGUGGAAGCUCUUAGUCGAGGCUACACAGUACGGGCGAUUAUACGAAGGGCCGAACAGGCGGCGCUAAUCGAAGGCUCCACGCCUAUUCAGCCCUUUCUGAAACGGCUGCAGAUGGUCGUUGUACCAGACCUCCUUACGCCGGGUGCAUUUGACGGAGUCCUGGACAGCGCAGCCGGGGUGGUUCAUGUUGCUUCUCCUCUCGCUAUAUCUAGCGACAAUCUCAAACGGGAUGUCAUUGAUCCAGCCAUUAAGGCGACACUGGGGAUUCUGCAGUCGGCAGCCAAGGUUCCUUCGAUAAAGAGGGUCGUCAUCACAUCUUCAAUUGCGACCUUGCUUACUUGGGAAUACAUAAUAUCAGAUGACAUGACCAAAGUCUUCACUGCGCAGGACACCUAUACUCCAUCAGAAACUGAGACUAACUUCGACUUGCCCAUCCAAGCAUACGGGGCAGCCAAGGCGCUGGCACUUGCGGCUACUAAACGUUUCGUUGAGGAGGAGAAACCGUCUUUCGAUGUCGUCAACAUUCUGCCCAGCAUGGUCAUUGGAAGGAACGAUUUGAAUACCAAGAAGGAGGCCGUUUCAAGCGGUACAAACAACAGUGUCAUGGGCCCAUUGCUGGGAACGAAGACCGAGAUGCCCACGCUCGGCGUCUCCGUUCACGUCAAUGAUGUCGCGAGAGCUCAUGUCGAUGCACUGAAUCCCUCUAUCCCUGGCAACCGAAACUUCAUCUGUUCCUCGGGCGGACUAGACGGAACCACGUGGGACGAUGCCAAGAAUAUCGCAAAGCGGUGUUACGGCAAGUCGGUGUCCGACGGCGUCUUCACCCUGGACGGGACUGCUCCCACCAGGCCAAUCCGCUUGGAUGCAUCUGAAACGGAGAAAGUAUUUGGGUGGAAGUUUACAGGGUUUGAGGACCAGGUCAAGAGCGUGGCUGACCAUUACUUGGAACUCUUGGCGGCUGAAUAA